GGGGGGGGUGUUAGGACACAAUACAGAAUAAUAAACAACUAUUUAUGUUUCUCUUAUUCACGCGUGUGAUGAUGUAAUGAAACGGAAGACCAAUCAAACUGCUUCACAGAGGUUUUAGAGAAGUCCAGGACAUGAAAUCCACGUUGAUGCAACAGCUGUGCAGUUUCCUGGCUCUAACUCAGACUAAGAGUUGCGAUUAUAAAAUGUACCAACUCUCCUGAACUUGUCUCACACUGACGACUCGGUGACUCGAGAGGAAAUGGACAGCCUCACAAAGGUCCCUGGCUGCUGCAGCUGGCCAGGAGCCUGACCACGCCCAUGGCUGUGCCCAUGGCAGCUGUUACCCGGCAACAGGAGACCUGUUGGUGGGAAGGGAGAAAAACUUGAAGGCCUCGUCCACAUGUGGCAUGAGAAAAAAAGAGCCGUACUGCAUCGUCAGCCAUUUACAGGAGGAGAAGAAGUGCUUUGAGUGCGACUCCAGACGUCCAUAUGACCCGAUCUACAACAUUAACAAUCACCGGGUGGAGAAUGUUAUUACCACCUUCAAACCUCACCGCAAAAAGUCCUGGUGGCAGUCCGAGAACGGGAAAUCGGAUGUUUUUAUUCAGCUGGAUCUGGAGGCGGAGUUUCACUUUACUCAUCUGAUCAUGACGUUUAAGACCUUCCGCCCAGCAGCCCUGCUAAUCGAACGGUCAGCAGAUCUUGGCCGCUCCUGGCAGGUCUAUCGCUACUUCGCUCACGACUGCGCUGAAUCCUUUCCUGGAGUUUCCCAGGGUCCGCUGCGUACCAUUAAUGAUGUCAUCUGUGAGUCACGUUAUUCAGACAUCGAGCCGUCAACAGAGGGUGAGGUCAUCUACAGAGUUCUGGAUCCAUCCAUCAGUAUUGACGACCCAUACAGCCCCAACAUCCAGAAUCAGUUGAAGAUCACCAACUUGAGAGUUAACUUCACCAAACUUCACACUCUUGGAGAUAACCUCCUGGACCCCCGAGCGGAGAUCAAAGAGAAGUACUACUACGCCAUCUAUGAGCUCAUUGUGCGCGGAAACUGCUUUUGCUACGGCCACGCCUCAGAGUGUGCCCCCAUCGAGGGCAUCAGGGAUGACAUCGAAGGAAUGGUUCAUGGCAGAUGUGUGUGUAACCACAACACCAAAGGUUUAAACUGUGAGCAGUGCGAUGACUUCUAUAACGACCAGCCCUGGAGACCUGCGGAGGGGCGCAACACCAACGCCUGCAAGAAGUGUAACUGCAAUGGCCACUCAAACGUUUGUCACUUUGACAUGGCCGUUUAUUUGUCCACGGGAAGAGCCAGCGGUGGAGUGUGUGAUGACUGUCAGGACAACACAAUGGGACGCAGCUGUGAGAUGUGCAAACCGUUUUACUACAAAGACCCCACCAGGGACAUAAGAGACCCGCAAGUCUGCAGAGCGUGCGACUGUGACCCAGACGGGUCCCAGAACGGAGGGAUGUGUGACACCCACAGUGACCUGUCGCUCGGCAUGGUGGCGGGUCAGUGCCGCUGCAAGGCUAACGUCGAGGGGCCGCGCUGCGACAAGUGCAAGUCCGGCUUCUUCGGCCUGAGCCUGACCAAUCCUCAGGGCUGUGAACCUUGUCGAUGUGACCGUAGAGGAACGGUUUUUGGCGGUUCCCCAUGCGAUCCUUUCAGCGGAGACUGUAUCUGCAAGCGGCUUGUGACCGGACGCAGCUGUGACCAGUGUCUGCCGGACCACUGGGGGCUGAGCCACGACCCGAGCGGCUGCCGAGGCUGUGAGUGCGACAUCGGAGGAGCGCUUGACAACCAGUGCUCCAUGGAGAGCGGACAGUGCCGCUGCCGCAGCCACAUGACGGGGCGUGAGUGCACACAGGUGGAAUCUGGAUAUUUCUUUAUGGCUCUGGAUCACUUCCUUUAUGAGGCAGAGUUUGCUCGAAUGGAGAAGGGUUGUCUCUUAGAGACGAGGGAACACCAGCCUGGUCGUCCUGCUUCGUGGACAGAUUUAGGGUUCGCUCGGGUUCCUGAAGGUGGCCUUCUGGAGUUUGUUAUUAAUAAUGUCCCUUACUCCAUGGAAUAUGAUUUACUCAUCCGCUACGAAUCACAGAUGCCCCGAGACUGGGAGGAGGUGCGGAUAACGGUGAUCCGACCAGGACUGAUUCCUACCAGCAGCCCCUGUGGAAACACCAUCCCAGACGACGACCGACUUAUCGUGUCUCUGCCGGCCGGAUCCAGGUUCGUGGUACCUCUUCAGCCUGUGUGUUUGGAGGAAGGUGUGACUUACACGCUUCGGUUUGAGUUCACACGCUAUCAAGACGCCAACAGCAUCCUCAACGGAGCGGCCUUCGCCGUCAUCCUCGUAGACUCUAUUGCGCUGAUGCCGCGUCAUUCCUCCAUGGAGAUGUUCAACGCUGGAGAUCCUGCCUCUAACAUCAGGAAGCAGACCUACGAGCGGUACCGGUGCUAUGAGGGGACAAAGAGCGUGAUCCGCCCACAGAUGAGCGACACCUGUGCCAAACUAAUCAGCAGCAUGUCGGCUGUUAUAAACAACGGAGCUCUGUCUUGUAACUGCGACCCUCAGGGGUCCAUCAGCUCCAUUUGUGACGUGCGUGGGGGCCAGUGCCGCUGCAGACCCAACGUGAUUGGACGACGCUGUGACCAGUGUGCACCAGGAACUUAUGGUUUCGGACCUUCAGGCUGCAUACCCUGCGAAUGCAGCUUGGAAGGAUCAGCUACGCCACUUUGUGAUAAGUUUAGCGGCCAGUGCCAGUGCCAUCCCGGGGCGUUUGGCCAACGGUGCGACGGAUGUCGGACGGGUCACUGGGGCUUUCCCAGCUGCCGACCCUGCCAGUGUAACGGACACGCAGACCACUGCCAGCAGAGAACCGGAGCGUGCAUCAGCUGCAGGGACAACACAGGAGGAGACAAGUGUGAGAGGUGUGCCAAUGGUUACUAUGGUAACCCUGUUUUAGGCACAACACCGGGGGGUCAGUGUCGGCCAUGCCCCUGUCCAGAUGGUCCUAACAGUGGACGCCAUUUUGCCACAUCCUGUUACCAGGACAAUCGCAACAGACAAGUUAUCUGCAACUGUAACCAAGGCUACACAGGUGCUCGAUGUGAGGAAUGCGCCCCAGGUUAUUAUGGUAAUCCCUCUCAGCCGGGAGGGCGCUGCCAACCUUGUCAGUGCAACAACAACAUAGACAUGUCAGACAUGGACGCUUGUGACAGGCAGACUGGAGAGUGCAGGAAAUGUCUUUACAACACAGAAGGACCGAACUGUGGCAUCUGCAAGAGUGGAUACUUUGGGGAUGCGUCCAGACGAAACUGCAGGAAGUGCACGUGCAACUUUCUGGGUACUGAGCACAGUCAGUGCAUAGAGCGGGAGGACUGCGUGUGCCAGCGCGCCUCAGGCCAGUGCCAGUGUUUGCCGAAUGUCGUAGGGCUGACGUGUGACCACUGCGCCCCAAACCAUUGGAAUCUGGCCAGUGGGAUGGGCUGUGAGUCCUGCAGCUGCGACCCCAGUAACUCUGUAACGUCCUCCUGUAAUGAGUUCACCGGCCAGUGUCAAUGCAGGGAAGGAUUUGGAGGAAAGACCUGCACCGACUGCCAGGAAAACUACUGGGGCAACCCCAGGACGCAGUGCAGAGCUUGUGACUGCGACUGGCGUGGGAUUGAGACCUCCCAGUGCCACCGAGUGACUGGUCACUGUGUCUGCCAGCAGGGGGUGUCGGGGGUUCGCUGUGACCAGUGUGCCAGAGGUUUUGCUGGUGUUUUCCCCAACUGCCAGCCCUGCCACCAGUGCUUUGGGGACUGGGAUCGUGUCGUGCAGGACUUGGCAGUGCGCACGAAGACUCUUGCCGAGCGUGCACAUGAGAUUCAAACCACUGGGCUCACCGGUCCCUAUGAGAAAAUCUUCAUAGAGCUAGAGGAGAAACUGGCACAGGCUCAGAGCAUCGUGAAUGCACGUAACGCCACUGCUGCAGCUGUGUCGGUCCUGAUGGAGCUCAUCGAGGAUCUUAGAGCGCACAUCGGUGAGACAACGGAGACCUUAAACCGUCUGGAAGGAGACUUGACCAUCGUCCAAGACAGGAACUCUGAUGCGAGCAAGGAGCUGAGUGCUCUGGAAAGAGAGGCCAAAGAGCUGAACCUCACCUCGGCGCAGCUUCACCACCAACUAGAUGUCCUAAAAAACUCCAACUUUUUAGGGGCGUACGACAGCAUCCGGAGCUCCUACAACAGGUCUCGUGACGCAGAACGACGCGCUAACGAAUCGACCACCACCAGGCCGAGCACCAUCAGCCAGUCUGCAGACACCCGCCGCCGAACCGAGCGCCUCAUCGCUGCGAAGAAAGACGACUUCAGUCGUAAGAACACUGCAAACAAGCGUGUGCUGGGAGACCUCAAUGCCAGAGCCCAGCGCCUCGACAUGAAGAAAAUCAAUGAGAAGGUGUGCGGCUCCUUGGGUGAUGCUCCUUGCGGAGAGAGCCCGUGUGGAGGAGCAGGUUGCCGUGACGACGAAGGGAACCGUCACUGCGGAGGCCUGAACUGUGGCGGAGCCGUGGCAGCAGCUGACGGUGCUCUGGAGAGAGCCAGACAUGCAGAGAAGGAGCUGAGCGAGGCUAUGGGGGAGAUGCAAGGACUUUUUACUAAGGUGGCAGAAGCUAAGUCUCAGGCAGAAGAGGCAAAGGGAAAAGCUAAAGCUGCUCUGGAUAAAGCCACCGCCACAAAAAACAAAGUGGAACGCUCCAACAAUAACCUCAGAGACCUCAUCAAACAGAUCAGGGGGUUCCUUACUCAAGAAGGAGCGGACCCGGACAGCAUCGAAGCGGUGGCGAACCACGUGUUGCAGCUCUCCAUCCCUGCUUCGCCCCUCCAGAUCAGACAUCUCGCAGAUGAAAUCAAAGAUCGAGUCCGCAGCCUCUCCAACGUGGACGCCAUCUUGCAGCAGACGCAGGAUGACGUCCGCAAAGCGGAGAAGCUGCUGCUGGACGCUAAGCGGGCUAGGCAUCAUUCUGAGGGAGUGAAGACGACAGCAGAGACGGUGAAGCAGGCCUUGGUGGACGCAAGAACAGCCCAGGCUUCGGCUGAGAAAGCUAUCGCUAAAGCUAAAGCUGACAUCGGGGAGACUGAGUCUCGACUGGCACAGAUUCGGUCGGAAGCAUCCGACGGUGAGAGGAACCUGGAUGACGCAGUGGUCCGCCUCGGCACGCUGGAGCAAGAGAUCAACGUCCUGAAGACCAAACGGGCCAACAACAGCAUGGCGGCGGCCAGAGCCGAGGAGACGGCCACGAUGGCUCGAGAGAAGGCAAACGAAGCCAAGCAGAUUUUAGACGGCCAGCUGACCGAUAAAUACAACGAGGUGCAGCAGCGAGUUGACACCAAAGCCAAGGCUGUGCACGGCGCCAAGAACAAGGCAGAAGGUCUCAGAGAAGAGGCGAAGAAGCUGCUGAAGGACGCUCAAAACAAGCUGCAGAAACUAGCAGAACUGGAGACAAAUUAUGAAGACAACCGGAGAAGACUGGAGGGCAAAGCCCGGCAGCUGGACGGUUUGGAGGACAAGAUGAGAGACAUCCUCAAAGACAUCAACAAACAGAUCCAGAUAUACAACACGUGUCAGUAACUUGCCGCUCCACGCUCCAAAGGAAACACGUCCAUUUUCGUGUCGCUCUGAUUUAGUCGUUAAAUACAAAAACCAUAAACGGUGUCCUGUUGUUGCACAACUGAACUUGUAAAGUUUGUCUGUCAGCACAUAUUUUACUGUAAAUGUAGUUUGUGACGUAAUUUUAAUUUUAUUUUGAAAAAGGUAUUAUUGAAUGUAAGCCUUUUAAUUCAGAAUAUCCCAAAAAUAAAUAACGAUGCACAAGUGUGGAGGAAAAAGAUGCUUUGAAACAAUCAGUUGGUUGAUUUUUCUAUGUUCUAUAUCUGUAGUUGCGGUUUUGUUGUAUGUGUUUGGAGUUCAGAUAGUUUUUUACGCAGGAUGACUGAGCAGGCUUCUGUGACCCUGUCAUAAACAUGUUGGGAAUUUAUCAUCAGUUUUCUUGCAGCAGAAACAAAAUUAAAAGAAAAAAAGAAAAAACGAAUCUUAAAGAGCAAGUCGCCCUCAAAUCAACUUUUUUUCUGAUAAACUGUAUAAAUGUGUGUCUAAUCGUGCUGCAGACACGUGUCGUCAGUAGUUUGGCACUUUAGAGCAUCUUAGUAAAAAUUUUAAUUUUCUGCCUAAAACUGUCAGUGUUGUGCCGUUGUCAGGUAAAAACUCUGCACUGCCGUUGAAUUUAAAUCUGCCAUCGCUAUUGGCUAAGAGGUACCCUAGAACGUUAGCUGGUACCAUAUGAUGUCACAAUGUCGUUGUGAGCCUGUGUGUGUGUGUGUGUGUGUGUGUGUGUGUGUGUGUGUGUGUAUUUGUUAGCGGCUCCACCCUCUCGAUCUGCUAGGCAACAGCAUUUGUUGCAUUUUUCAAACAGGAAGUGGGAGAGAAGUACUACUCUGGUAGGGGGUGACUUGCUCUUCAAGGACAGAAUUCACAACAGCAGAUUUGCUUAAAUUUUAACAGAUUAAAAAAACUCACAUUUUAAUUUAGGGGGAAAUGUUGACAUAAACAAACGCUUCAACAAGUCGAGUCUAUCAGUAAGCAACCACCAGGUUUCCAGGUCAGACCUUUUUCUGUUCUGUGUUCUUGUUGGUUUUUUUAUAGACAACAAUGAGACAUGGGGGUUCAUUAUCUACCCUUUUGGGUAAUAAACCCACAUUUUUGCAUCGAUAAAACUAGAAACUGCUGCAGCGAAUAAUUCCCAUGUAGUGAUGAAACGUGUGUAGUAACUCAUUGAAGUAAAAGCGUUUAAUAAUUAAACUUGUGCCUUAAACUGACAGUAUUGUGAAAUUAUUUCAUUUCUGCAUGAUAAGUUGUGUUUUUAAGAGUAUAAUGCAAUUGUACUUAUUACAAGUUUCAAGAUAAGAGACAAUUACCAAAGUGAAAACACCAAAACAAAUUUGUCAAGUUUUACAAUGUAAAUAAACAGAAAUUGUUCAAAAUUA